AUGGAGAGAAAAUUCUCUGUUUCCAAAGGCCUGAAAACAUAUGUUGUAGCAUUUCUGGUGGCUGGUACUUAUGCUCAUUCGUUUCACUUCACUCUUUCGAGAGUUGUAUGUGGGGCUUUUCAGUCUUCCUUGAAGAAUUUGCUCUGGUCGACUAGGGUAGAGUUCCAAGGUAGGCAGGCAAGCAAAGCUUUUUCUUUCGACAGCUACCUCAUUCUCUGGAUGAUAGGAAUGAACAGCGUGAAAUUAUUGGGUGCUGUUUUUAUUCAGGCUGGCUAG